AUGGUCGCCGCUCGUCGUCAAGCGUUGCCACAGAGAAGUAAUAACAAUGAGGUCGAUGCACAGUGUUCAAACAGUGUGGAAACUCAAUGGCGGCCUAUCUUCAAGAACGCGGUACAAAGCAUAGUCGAACCCGAUGAAACCGACUGGAUGGACGACGAUGGGUCUCUCUCUGAUGCACAGUACUUCUCUCGUGCGCUGCCUGAGUUUGAGAGUCGAUACACACGCCCGCUGUAUAAUCCUGCACCUGCAGCCCGGGAGGCUCUAGCAGCCAAGAUGGGCAGCUUGCCGUGUAUUUUUGUUCAUGUUAAUGAUAUCGAAUGCUCUUUAAGCAACAACCGUCCAUCCAUUGAUGCUAUUUCGCCAUUCAUUGCGGGCGCCUUACCCUUAUUAAGCGGACCAACCGAGGAGGUCACGCCGAAGGUCCGCAUGGCCGUUUUCGACGCCCUUUGUAAAACCUUGCGACAUCACACAUCAGGAUUCAGUGGCGGUAAACUGGAGAAUAUCGAAGACAUGGUCAUAAGAGCAAUGAAAGAUAAGGACCGCAGUGUGCGUCUCAGCGCAGGGCACUCGCUAGUGGAGCUCGUACGACUACACCAAAUCCUGGGGGGUUCUCCUUGGAAACGAACAGAGCGGUUAUUUGGGAUGAUAUACCGAUUAUUUGAGACCGCUGAACCGCGCGCCCGGGAGACAACUCUGAUUACCUUGGGAUGGGUCGGACAUAUUGCGACAAGCAAUGUCCUUGGUCAAACUAUUUGUUGUCUGCUGGCUCAAUUCGGGCAGCAGAAUCCGAUUUUGAGAGGCACUGCACAUCUCCAGCUGCAGGCACUUUCCAAACAUCUGAAGAAGUCGCCAUACGGGUUGAUCUCGCCAUACAUGGACCAAAUUGCACCUUUUCUUGUCUCUCGAAUAUGCACACAACCGACUUUGCUGCAUGAGACUUGCUCUUUCCUCGCCAUGCCAGUCGGCAAGUUCAUUCUGGGCUCACUCAGCCGCACGCUCCCGCAAGUUUAUAUCAACUGCGAUGCGAGGGCUCUAGACGCGAUCUCUCGGGAAGUGAAUGAUAAGACAGCAAAACUAUUCAUGAACUUCUCGCACAACAUCCUCGCCUAUGUUUUCUGCUUGACGGGGCCUGGUCAAACAAACAAGGUUCUGAACUUCAUAUUAUCCGUACUAAAAAACAGCGCCCAACAAAAAGUCGACCUCGCUCUUGUAAUUCGGAGCUGUGUCGUCCCGCUCGUGGCUGAGAUUGUCCUGGGUCUAGGAGAUGACGACCCCGAUAGGGCAAGGCAAGGGCUGAAGAAGGUCGAACGUGCUGCUCAGCAGUCUCGAUCAUGUGCUCAGGUUGACUCGGGUUCAAAAAUUGGAGCCUUUAUGAGGACGUACAUGCUUGGCGUCAUAUCCCACCUCAACGACUUGCUACAAGACGGGUAUGGGAGGCGGUCCUUAGAAACAAAGAAGAACAUCGUGCGUAGUCUCGGCCAAUUCACAACCGAAGUCGGGCCUACGAUCAGUCGAGUGGCGCCUCAGAUUAUGGCGACGCUGCAGACUACUCUAGUAAUUCCACAGCUUUCAGACGUCACUCUCGACAGCUGGUUCAUAUUUCUCAGGACUUUGGAGGUCCAUGAUCUAGGACUUCAGGUUGGCCCGACAAGCGCUGCGUUGGUCACUCAUUGGAACUCCUUCUCCCUCCACGGGCGAGAAAUUGCCAAGCGAUGUUUGGAAUUCAUCGUGGUCGACAUGGGUGGACAACUCGGCUCGCAGCUUGACGAAGUAGUGGAUCUCGAAUCUAUUCCCCAACUCACCGCAAUACAACAAAGUCUGCUUGCCUUACGCCAGGAUUGGAAUACCCGGGACAAACUCCAGAAGACAUUAGAACGAGCGACUAGCGAGAGUUUGACCGUCGCAACCCAAGCCCUCUGCGAAUUGAAGGCGUUCUUGUUGAGUAACGAUGAAGAAUUUGUUCGGAGUCUGGCUUCGGGCGACGUCUUUGACCCUGCAGUCAAUCACAUCUUGUCAACAUUAUUCUCAGUGGCAGGUCGGGAUGGAGAAGGCACCGAGCCUCUACGUCUGCGUGCUUUCGAAUGCAUUGGAAUUCUUGGAGCUGUCGAUCCCGACAGGAUUGAAUUUGGUGUCAAUGACUCACGGAUGAUCAUGCUUAGCAACUUCGUCGACGACUCGGAGUCUGUCUCAUUUGCCCUUCAUCUCAUACAAGAUAUUAUGGUGAACGCGUUUAGGUCCACAAGCGACAUCACCUACCAGACGCACCUGGCAUAUGCUUUGCAAGAACUGCUCCGAUUCUGCAAAUUUACGGAAACCCUCGUCAAUCCGAGCUCCACCAGCUCCAUUUCUCUAAAGGUCCGCAGCCGUUGGAACAGCUUACCCAAGCAUGUCCUAGAGACGAUUAUCCCGUUACUCAGUUCGAAGUAUACCUUAGAUCCGCGAGAUCCGGUGUCAAUUCAGCAUCCGAUCUAUCCUACUCAGGAUACCUAUCGGGAGUGGAUACAAACAUGGGCGGGACAUCUCAUCACCAGAGUAUCAGGAGCGAAUGCUAAGGCCAUAUUUCAAGUUUUCUCUGCUGUCAUCCGCAACAAGGAUGUCACAGUUGCUCACCAUCUCCUUCCUCACCUUGCGCUGAACGUCCUCAUCUCUGGAAACAACGACGAUGCCGAUGGCAUUCGUUCUGAACUGCUAGCAGUACUGUCAGACCAGAUUGCGUCCGACUCUCGUUCCACAUCAGACAAGAAAUUGUUAAGUGCGCAGACUGUCUUCUUGCUUCUGGAUCAUUUCAGCCAAUGGGUUCGUGUUAUACGUCAAGACCUCGGCAGUGGCAAAGGGGAUACCCGAAGAGGUCGUGUCAGCAGUGUACACGCCGACGCUGAAGAGCAGGUUCUGCGGCUGGACUCCAUAUUGUCCAGCAUCGACCUAGACUUGAUGGCAAGAGCCGCGCUCCAGUGCAAAGCCUACGCUCGCUCUUUAAUGAGCUUCGAAAGACAAGUCUUGGAUUUGCAAGCUCGUGACGCCAAACAAGAGGAGAUUGAGCAGUAUCAUGAGCGUUUGCAUGAGAUAUACGCUCAUUUAGAUGAGCCUGAUGGCAUGGAAGGUGUCUCGACUCUGAUACUCUGCCCUUCAUUGCAACAUCAGAUUCGUCAACAUGAGAGCACAGGACGAUGGACGUCGGCGCAAAGCUGUUGGGAAGUCAGGCUGCAACAAUCUCCGGACAAUCCUGAGUUUCAUUUAGGUCUCCUACGAUGUCUGCGCAAUCUGGGCCAUUACGAUACACUUCGCACCCACGUUAAGGGCGUCCUCACUCGGAACCCCGCGUGGGCGUCGUUACUUGUGGGCCUACAAGUUGAGGGCGAAUGGAUGGUUGGUAAUUGGGAUGAGGUGAAAGCCCUAGUCUCCAGCACAGUCUCCAACACAGCGCCCGUCUUACUGGCACAAGUCUUAUUAGCACUACGCGAGGGUAAUAUCUCAGCUAUCAACGAGACACUGUCUAACGCACGUCGACAUCUUGGGGCACCCAUCGCUGCUGUUGGUACUAACGGUUAUCGUCGCUCAUACGAGUCUGUCCUCAAUCUUCAUCUCCUGCAUGAACUCGAGGUCAUUCACGAACGCGUCCUCUCGCUUCCGUCAAACCUUCAGGAUGGUCCCGGGAGACGGCAAGUGCUUAGCGGGUUGACCCAGCGAUUGGCUGCGCGGUUAGAUUCUACACUCCCCAGCUUCCGAGUCAGAGAGCCAAUACUGGCAACACGACGGGUGGCUUUCGCACUGAGCCCGGAUGCACAGAGUAUGGACGCAGCUAUAGGACAAUCAUGGCUGACAAGUGCGAAGACUGCUAGGAAGGCCGGAUAUUGGCAAACAGCUUACAGUGCUGUUUUGCAAGCUCGGCAAUAUCAAAUCAAGUUCUCAUUUGUGGAGAGCGCCAAGCUUGUCAAAGCGAGCGGUGAACCCCUUCGCGCACUGCAGGAGUUAGAAAGCAACAUGCGGCUGAAUGGUAUCCUACCGGUAGAGAAUACUAUCACAAACCUCACCAGGGACCAGAAGGCUCAUGUACUGCGUGCGCGAUGGAUGGCUGAUUCUGACCGCUUCGAAGCUGGCAACAUUGCGAAAAUCCUGCAACGUGGAGCAGAUAUGGCUGCAAGAUGGGAGAGCGGCCAAUUCCAUUUUGGACGAUAUCAUGACGAAUGCUUCGCGACCCUUUCCCCUCGAGACAAAAUGGAACGUGGGUUGCGGAUGAAUCUCGUCACUGUUCGCGCUUACGCGAAGGCUAUGCGAUACGGCUCAAAGUAUAUAUACCAAACUGUUCCCCGACUGCUCACUCUCUGGCUUGACAUGGGCGAGAGUACAAAUCCUCACGCAAGCGAUGUCUUCAAGAAGAUCAACGCCGAGGUCUCGCGCUCAAUCGCAACUGUCCCUGCUUAUAAGUGGUACACUGCUUUCCCUCAGAUUGUUUCUCGUGUCGGCCACAGCAACAACGAGGUCUAUGAAGUCUUAUCUGGACUGAUUCUGACGGUCAUUAAAGAGUACCCAAGGCAAGCUCUGUGGCUAUUCACAGCUGUGGUGAAGUCCACCAAGUCGCAGCGAGCACAGCGAGGUGACAUUAUAAUGAGGAAACUGGAGGUCGGUAUAUGGAUCUCAACGAAGAUUACGCGGACUCUAACCAGACCACUGCAGGCACAAGGCGGGAUCGUUGCAAAACUGGUCAAAGACAGCCGGAAAAUGACAGAAGCCCUCCUCGCGUUGUGUGACCGCCCACUCAGAGACGACGUGAGGGUGCUCAGCCUGAAGAAAGACUGCCCUAGCCUGGAACGCCUGGCCCCCUCGCGACUCAUCAUCCCGCUGCAGGAAUCGCUAAUCGCGACUCUCCCGCCCAGUUCGGCUGCUGACGCUACUCACCAGCCUUUCCCCGUUGAUGCGCCCACAUUCGCAAAGAUCUUCGACGAGGUCGAGAUCAUGCGAUCUCUUGCCAAGCCGCGCAAGGUCACCAUCCAAGGGAGCGAUGGGCAAAUAUACAUGUUCCUGGGUAAACCGAAGGACGACCUGCGCAAGGAUGCUCGACUGAUGGAGUUCAACGCGAUCAUCAAUAAGCUCCUGAAAUCCAACUCCGAGUCGCGUCGGCGGCAACUCCACAUUCGGACAUAUGGGGUGGUCACCCUGAAUGAGGAGUGCGGCUUCAUCCAGUGGGUUCCGAACACCAUCCCGUUCCGGCCAGUCGUAGUGAAAGGGUACGACAGGCGAAGUAUCCGUUGGUGGGUCGCUCAGCACUUUCACGAGUGCGUUCUCAAGAACUAUCCGCCCGUGUUUCACGAGUGGUUCAUCGAGACAUUCCCGGAGCCCACUGCGUGGCUUGCAAGCAGGCUGGCAUACAGCCGGACGGCGGCGGUCAUGUCCAUGGUGGGCUUCAUCCUCGGGUUGGGCGAUCGUCAUUGCGAGAACAUCCUGCUCGACACGAAUAACGGGGACGUGGUGCAUGUGGACUUCAACUGUCUGUUCGAGAAGGGCAAGACUCUAGAAACCCCAGAGCGGGUACCCUUCCGCCUCACCCAAAAUGUCGUCGAUGGUUUCGGGGUCACUGGAGUAGAAGGCGUCUUCCGCAUCGCAUGUGAGGUUACCAUGCAGUUGCUCCGGGACAACAAGGACGCCCUCAUGAGCGUGCUCGACACAUUCGUCCACGAUCCCCUGGUGGAAUGGGAAGACGAGAAGCGAAAGAAGAUAGACGUUCGCGGAAACCCCGCCAACCCUGCCACUAUUGACCUCAGGACGCUCGCGAAGGACGCGUUGAAGCCCAUCGACAAAAAGCUGCGCGGGAUCUACACAACCAGCCGAGAACGGCCGGAGAGGGAGACGUCCACGAGCAGUCUCGUGCAGAUGCUCAUCCAGGAGUCCACCGAUCUGGCGAACCUCGGCCGUAUGUACCCUGGUUGGUCAUCAUGGCUCUGA